AUAAAACUUAAAUUUUCCCGCACCGAAUGAGUAGAUAAAAAAAACGAGGAAAAGCCAAAACCAAAUGACGACAGCUCUUGUAAGGGGACUGAAGAAGCUAAUCGUGAUCGCAAUUAAUCGGAAGAAACUAAGGAAGAUGGACGCCUGCAAGUUAAAGCUCCAAUUGAUGUCAAAGAAUAUUCGAGCUCGUUCCAGCAAUUUCUUUACAGAAAUCAGGGUUUAGGUGUCUGGAUGCAUCUGUUUUUCUGUCUCUCGGUGAGUUUUAAGAAAGACUGAUCAAGUUCCAUGCUUGUGUUCUUACUGGCCAGAGCUUUCUCAAUCAUCAUGAGAAAUCAGUGGAAUUCUUGAGGCUUCCAGGAUGACUAACAGGGAAACAACCCAGCGCUUGUUGGAUCAACUGCCUCAAACCCAUCAUACGGUUGGUCUUGGGAGAAAAAGAUUUCGCCGAUCUAAAAGUACUCCUGUGAGUGAAAUUGCUCCGGUGGAAAUUAAUGAAAUAAAGAAUGAGCAAUCACUUCUACAUUCUAAAUCGAUUUUGGACAAAUUCCACCCUAGUAUUAGGAAAGUUAUUGUUUACUUGGUUAUAUACUUGGGAAUUGGUACCAUUUGCUUUUAUUUUGUUAGAAGCAAGAUCAAGGGAAAGAAAAUAGAUGGCGUACUUGAUUCCCUUUACUUUUGUGUUGUGACGAUGACCACGGUUGGAUAUGGUGAUUUGGUUCCUAACAGUGCAACUACCAAACUGUUUGCCUGUGUCUUUGUGUUCUCUGGGAUGACACUUGUUGGACUGGUUCUAAGCAAAGCAGCAGAUUACUUAGUGGAGAAGCAAGAAACACUAUUAAUUAAAGCACUGCAUAUGGGUUGUAGAGUUGGUCCGGGUGAAAUUUUAGAGGAGAUUGAAACAAACAAAAUAAGGUUCAAGUGUUUCAUGGUAGCGGCCUUCCUUAUAACGCUCAUAGUCAUUGGGACAGUCGUCUUGGCUAGAGUUGAAAAGUUUGAUACUGUAGAUGCCUUUUAUUGCGUCUGUGCUACCAUCACAACAUUAGGAUAUGGAGACAAAAGCUUUUCAACCAAAGCAGGGCGCAUUUUUGCUAUAUUUUGGAUUUUGACCAGCACUCUUUGUUUGGGUCGAUUCUUCCUUUAUGUUGCUGAAUGGAACACGGAAAAGAAACAGAAGGAGAUUGUUAAAUGGGUUCUUUCAAGAAGGACAACAAAUGUGGAUUUGGAGGAAGCUGAUCUUGAUGAUGAUGGGGUUGUAGGGGCUGCUGAAUUUGUUAUUUAUAAACUUAAGGAGAUGGGGAAGAUCAACCAACAAGACGUCACAGCUGUAUUGAAGGAAUUUGAAAGUCUUGACGUUGAUCAGUCUGGAACUUUGUCAACCGCGGAUCUGGCACUCGCCCAAUCAUCUUGAACCGGGAGGUGAUUGCUCUAAAACCUAUAUUAGUGUAUUAAACAACCUUUUCCACCUAUAACUAUGAGUCUUUUUGAAACUUCUAGUGUAUUAGUAGCAUAUUAGAAAACGUUCAUAUUUAUAGAGUUUUUGACACAAGUCAUGCAGUAAAACCCACUCAGCUUAGUACUAGGUGAAAUUUACACUUCCGAGAAUCUCCAUGCAGUCUUCUUAACUCCUGUAAAUUACUUGUACUUUCGUAUGUAAAAAGUUAGCAAACUUCUUCCCUUGUCAAGGAAUGUGAUAGGUAUCUGAGUUCUACAGUACAAUUAUUGAUCCAGAGUUUUCCAACUCGA